GAAAUUAAUAAUCGUCAAGAAAUUCUGAAAAAUGCACAAGUUUUAGAAGAAGAAUAUUUUAUAACUCCAUUGCAAAGUCAUAAAAACAAAUCAUGUGUAUAGAUAAUGUAUUAAAAAAUAUAGGUACAACGUUUAUGAACUUUUCUAAAAAUGGAUUCAUUUAUGGAUCGCAAGGUAAUAUGCUUCUUAGAAAUUUGGAGGCACAUUGGUUCUUACAUUGCGUUACUAUGUCACCUUACAAUGUUUUUCUAACUACUAACGAUAUGAUUAAACAUAAUCUACAAGUAUUAGAUAAUAUGAAUAUAAAUGAAAUACCUUAUGGACUUGGUAUAAUAGAAGAUACAAAAACUUCUUGGAAUCAAUCAAUUUUGCCAAAAGAAUGUAAGGUGGCGUCUCAUAAAAUUGCUAAAACUAUUACAUUUGUACAUAAUUCUCAAUCCAAAGACUUGUUUUAUAAAAAACAAAGAGAACGAAAAAUGUGGUGGCGUAAGCUUACUCAAAAUCCUUCAAGAUUUCUACUUACAGAAUCAAGAAAGUCCAAAAAUCGUGAGAUCAUUGACAUAGAAGUAUCAUUUCCUUUUGGUAAUAUUAUUGUAGAAUCAAUUAUUUAUCAACACGAUGUUCAGAAACUAUUCUUAGAGACUAAAAAUUCUAAAUAUGAUAUUGGCGAUGUGCAAAUGAUUGAACAUAUUGCUUCCUUAGAUUGGGGUUGUUUAGCAUUACUUUCUGAUAGUUACGAAGAUGGUAAAUCUAAUCAAAUAUUGUUACACCCAAAGAUUUCACCGUAUAAAGUUGCUUUUUCCGUUGAAAAAGAAAAUAAUGAUACGGAUUUGGAUGCAGAAAAGUUAAAUCGUUUUAUUAUUUAUUUAAAUAAUAUACUGAGAACAAAAGGUUUUGAAACAAUAUUAGCAAAUACAAAAGAAGUUAUUGAAAUGUGCUUAAUUCCUUUUGUUGUUAGCGUAACUCAGACUAGUCUCAAAAAUGGCAUAAUACGUAUUACGAGUAGAUCAACGACCCUUGCAGAGGCAAUUCAUUUUACAGAUUUGGCGAAAUAUAUUGGUUUGCGAUGUGGUCGCUCAACGUGACAAAGAAUCAAUAAUGUAAAUCUAAUCAUUAUCUUCAUUUUAUAUUUUAUUUUUCUAAGAUUAUAUUACCAAUCUUGAUGCAUCUUUUUUUCUUUUUACAAUUUCUCAUUCAAUAAGAUACUAUUUAUAGUCAAUAAUCUUCAUAAAUGGCAUUGACAAAUAAAAAAUAAAUAAUUAUUUUGAAU